AAUUUGAAUAUUAUUAAACCAGUUAAUAGAAUAUGAACAAUAUAUCAUACUCAAUAUUGACUUAAGAAAAUAUGAAGAUGGGAGAUGAUAGAACUGCAUCAGAAGAUUAUUUUUGCACUGUCUGUAAUGUACAUAUGAAUAUAAUUAAACAAUCUCAACCAUUUGAUAUCCAUCAACAAUAUAAUGCAUUUUCAUUAGAUGGGAUUAAAGAACAGUUAUGUCCUAUAGAUCAUUUACAAACUUCACAUACCAACUUACAUCAAAAAAUGGAUCACGGUAAAGAAACACUGCUAAAAUUAAAUCCCUAUUUAAUUUUGGAUACUGAUCCUACAUUGAACAGUUUAAACUAUUCAAAUGUAUUAUCCAGAUCUCCUCAUUCAUUAGAUGGUUUAAAAUGUCAACACACCAAUUUACAUAAAAAUAUGGAUCAUACUAAAGAGAAGCUACUAAAAUUAAGUCCCUAUCCAAUCUUAAAUACUGAUCCUACAUUGGAAAAUUUAAUCUACUCAAAUAUAAUAUCCAAAUCUAUUAAUUCAUUAAAAAACAAAAAGGAAGAUUAUACGACACAAUCUAUGUAUGAAAUAGAGCAGAAUGAUAGAUGCAAUGAUGUUAAUCAAUACCAUAAUAAUUUAGGACAAUGGAAAGAAAAUGAAAACUGUAAUAAUCAAGACAAGUUAGAAAAUACUGAUCAAUUUAAUUAUUCGUUGAAUAAAAAGAACAUAAACAUUGGAAAACCCCCUGUCUAUCGCCAGGGUAAAAUAGUACCAACAGUUUUUCCUAAGUCAAAUUGUAUGCAAAAGAUAGAAUGCUCAUCUUUAACCAUAAAUAGUCAUUCGAAUAAUAUAGAAUCAAAGAAUAAAGAUUUCAUGGACAUUCCAAAUCAGAAAACGCUUAUUAACCAUGUACGAAUAGCUACAGUUAUGCCCGUAGAAUCAAAAGAAACAUUAAAAUCAAUGAAAAAUAUAAAAGAUACUCCUAAGGUGAAAGAAUCAUCUAUGAUUAAUAAAGAAGACAAACAAAUUCUCAAAAAAACAAAUCUAAAACCAGAAUCAAUAAUUAAUAGUGAUAUCAAUGAAAAAGAAAAAUCAAAAUUAUCUAAUAAAAAUAGUAAAAUAUUAACUACUAAAAUAAAAAACAUAACUGAUAAUAUAAAUAACACAACUGUGUUUCCAAUUAAUUUAUUAAAGACACACAAGGACUUAGAACUUGAAAAUGCUCAAAAAUGUUUAAAAUCUCCAAUAGUGCAAAAUUUUAACAAGAGUAUAAUAGAACAAGAUUUUAUGACUGACGAAACAAAUAAAUUAACUUUUGACCAUUUGUUUUCUGAUACUCAAAAACAAAAUGAUAAUUUUGAAUAUCAUUCAGCCUUAAGACCUAGUUUAUUUUCUAAUAUGCCGCCAUACAUACGAUUUUCUUCUUAUGAUAGUAAAGGUAAAUCAUUUCCAUUAUCAUUGCAAAAGUUACUAAAAUGGAAACUAAGUUCAAUAACUCCAAUUGUUGUACGUCGAACUGUUCAAAAUAGUGGUUUUAAACUCGUUAGAAGUGAGCAUAGUUUAGUUGAAAAUACAAUUGAUCCUACAGUCAUUGCUAAUCAAUUCAGUCAAAAUGCCAUUUCCUUACAAAACCACUGUGGUGUUACACCUCCUAUCAUUGAUGCUUUUUGUGGUAUAACUCCUCCACCUAAUGAAUUAAUGAUGUUACCACGAUCCCAAUCUAAUGAUUGGAUAGGAACUUGGGGUAAACAUAUUAAAUCGUUAUGUUUCAAAACACUUUGGCAACAACAAAAAAUUAACCAUUUACCGGGUAGUUUUCAAAUUGGUCGUAAAGAUAAGUUGUGGAAAAAUUUACAUGCAUUAAUGUUAAAGUAUGGUGAAGAACAAUUUGGUUUUUUACCCACAUCAUAUAUAUUACCCCAAGAAGCUGAAAUGUUACGACAAGUUUGGGAGAAAAAUGAUGAAAAUAAAUGGAUUAUUAAACCGCCAGCAUCUGCUAGAGGAACUGGAAUUUACGUUGUAUCGAAAUGGGAUCAAAUACCAAAAAAUAUACCUUUAGUUGUACAAAGGUACAUAGAUAAUCCAUAUUUAAUCAACGAUACUAAAUUUGAUUUAAGACUCUAUAUACUCAUCACUUCAAUCAAUCCACUUCGUCUAUAUCUUUAUGAUAAUGGGCUUGUACGAUUUGCUUCAGUUAAGUAUUCAUCUGAUAUUACCACUAUAUGUGAUCGAUAUAUGCAUUUGACAAACUACAGUAUUAACAGACUUAGUAGUCAGUUUACUGAAAAUGAAGAUGCUGAUGCAUGUCAAGGUCAUAAAUGGACAUUACGAUCAUUAUGGACGUACAUGGAAAAUGAAUGCAAAAUUGAUGUUAAAAAAUUAUGGGAGAGCUUAAAAGAUUUGGUUGUGAAAACUGUCAUUAGUGGUGAAUCACCUAUGAGUCAAAUGUGUCGUUCAAAUUUAACUAACAGAUAUAACGCAUAUGAAUUAUUUGGAAUAGAUGUUUUGUUCGAUAAAUAUCUUAAACCUUGGAUAUUAGAGGUCAAUAUAUCUCCUUCAUUACAUUCAUCUUCUCCACUUGAUUUGGCUGUCAAAGGACCAUUAGUCAGAGAUGUGAUGAAUAUGGUUGGUUACCAUAUUCCAAAUAAAAUGUCUUAUAAUACACAUAAUACUUUGCUCAAGAUGUUGGGAGUCAAAUCACAUCUAUGUUAUGAUAAGAGAUUAUAUACAUUAAAUUUAUCUGCUAAAGAAAAAGAAAAACAAGAAUAUUAUACAAAUGUUAAAUCCAGAGUAGAAUAUAUUGAUAGUAUAUUAGAUGAUUUAUUACCAGAUGAUAUUCGGCAUCUUAUUUUAUACGAAGAUGAACUGUCACAAAGUGGCUCAUUUCAAAAAAUAUUUCCAACUGCUUCAUCUUUUAAAUAUCAUCAAUACUUUGAUAGUUCUAGAUAUUAUAAUAUGCUUUUUGAUGCAUGGGAAUGUAAAUAUAGUAACAACAGAGGAGAUGGUAUUGCUGUGCUAGAAAAAUUAUGCCAGUUAAAAAUUCACCUGAAAGUACCAGACAUUGAUAUGGAACAAUCAAAAGUAACAUAUUCUAUUAUCAAGAUAUAA